AUGUUUGGUUCUCACUUCUACGACGAGAUCUAUGCGGACCAGGGGCAUGUACGCUUGAUUGCACGGAUAUGCCGACUAGCAAAGACGGAAAAGGAUGUGCUGAGCUUGCCGACAACUGUUCUCACUGACAAUGGUGCACUCAGCGGCAGCCUGAAACCAGCUGAUAUCAAGGACUAUGAUGUGCAAAGGCUUACAAGUGAACUGCGAAGGGGCCAUAGAAUUACGGCCAUACGUCUUCUGGAAGAUCUUGAAGAGUGUUUGCUGGCUGAAAUAGAGGCUAUUCCCUAUGCAGCUCGUCCGGCUUCGGUAAGAGCCAUACGCUCAUACUCGCAAGCCUUUCUCCGUCAAAAUGUUUCCGCUAAGGACCUUAGAGAAUGCUGCGUAGUUCCUAAUGUACAGCAAGUUCAUUGCGAACCUAGAUUUAAGAAUCGGCACUAUUGCAUUUCAAAGGACGGAACACUUACCUUGGUUCCAGAUAGGCUCUAA